GGGGAGGAGGAUCCGCAGGCUCUGCUGCUUCCCCUAGACUGUAGAUCCCUGCGCUUCUCCUGCGUGUUGUUCCUGGGGUCCCUAGCCAGGCUUUUUCGCCAGUUCCAUUAACAAUUCAGAAAGGGUGAUCGGCCGGGUGCCAGAGCCAAGAUGCUGUACAGGCUGGUGGUGAUGGGCAGCUGUGGCGUGGGCAAGAGUGCGAUGAUCACCCGCUUUCUUGAGAACCGCUUCGUGGCUGAGUACGAGCCCACGAGUCCCACCACAGAGGUGUACCACGGCAUGGCAGUGGUGGACGGGGAGCCCUGUGAGCUGGACAUCCUGGACACGUCCGGAGGUGAGGAGUUCAGCUGGCACCGGGAGCAGUUCAUGCGCUGGGGAGAGGGCUUCAUCUGCGUCUAUGCCGUCGACUUCAUCAAGACCUUCGUGGAUAUGAACCUCUUCUACCAGCAGCUGCGCAGGGUCAGGGGCACUGAGAAGGUGCCCCUGGUCCUGGUGGCCAACAAGAUCGACGAGGCCCACUGGCUGAUAGACUCAGACAUGGGCAAAGAAGCGGCCGAGAGCUUCAAGGCGCACUUCAUGCAGACCUCAGCCAAGACCCGCCAGGGCGUACGGGAAGCCUUCCACGAGGUGGUGCGGCAGAUCCGACGCAUGCGCACCGAGGCGGCACUCAAGGGUGCCAACUCCCAGUGCACCGUCCUGUGAGCAGGGGCCUUUCUUCGUCUGGCUUGGGCACCUCUGUGCCAUUUUGAGGAGAGCUGGUCGAAAACGCCCGGGGCGAUGUUGCCGUUUUCAGUGAAGGGUCCAGAAGCUGCCUGCUAGGGGGGAGAGGGGGAUUCAAAGUUGGUGGUUUUUCUUGUUCUGGG